AAUACAACACUAUUACAAAUCAAAUUCAAAGACUUUAUAAUAUGGCUUCAUGGAAGAAAACUAUUGCAACACCAUUCAAGAAAGCUUGCACUUUCUUCAACCAACAACCACCAAGGGAACAUAAGAAAUCUCAAAUAGAACAAGAGAAUCGUGUAAUGGAUCUUCAUGGUGAAGUCAUGGCUUGUGGUUAUGAAGAUGUUCAUGUUAUGUGGUCGAUACUUGAUAAAUCUAAAUCAUCAUCUUGUAAUAUAACUUCUUCAUAGCAUCUUCUUUUCAUCUAUAAAAGAAAAAGUAUAUAAAUAUCCAGAAAGAAAAAAAUAAUAAUAUUCAAAAUAUUAUUAUUAGGAAUCCACAUGAUGAUUGAUAUGUGCAAAUCAUGGUGAGAUUUUUUUUUUUUUUUUUGUGAAUUGUAGAUUUUAAUUUUAUUUAUCCAUACUUUGAUUUUACCUUUCUUUUCUUUUUUAUUAUUAUCAUCUGCAACAGAGUACUGAGUAAUUGUUUCC